AUGACUGAAGGAAUUUAUUCUCUUGGCCAAACUUGCUAUACAUGUCGAGUUGCUUUCACUGCAAGCGAUGUUCAACGUGAUCAUUAUCAAAGUGAAUGGCAUUGUUACAAUCUUAAACGAAAGGUUCAUUCGUUGCUUGGAUUGUUUUCUAAAAUUUCUUGCCGUUUUUUUACUGGUUCUCUAUAUUUAUUCAAUUUUAUACUUAUAUCUAUUAAGGGAAAGAUUGUAGCUGAUCUUCCUCCAAUUUCUUUAGAGCAGUUCAAGUUGAAGCAAAAAUUGUUUCAAGACAGCAAUACUUGCGGCAAUGGCUCUGAACCAGAAUCAUUCUUCUGUUCUAGUUGUUCGAAGAAUUUCCAGUCGCAAAAUACAUUUAAUCAUCAUAUCUCUUCGAAAAAACAUCGUGAAAUUGAAGCAAGAAUUUGUGCUAAUGAAAAGUCAGAAAAAGCCCAAAAACUUCCUGACACUUUAUCAAGAUCGAUUCAGUCAGCUGAAAAGAAGGAUGAACCACACAUCGGUAAUUCUUCGGACGGGAAGAUGAGCUAUGAAAAUACUUCUAAUGAAAAUGAAAGUUGUUAUAGUGGCAGUGAGAUAGAUGAUGAAGAAUAUGAUGAAACACAGGCCAUCCCAGGAAAUUCUUGCCUUUAUUGCUGUCAUAUUUCCAGUGAUAUUGAAUCCAAUUUGCUUCACAUGGGAGGCUGCCACGGGUUUUUUCUUCCAGAUGCGCAAUAUUGCAUAGACGUUGAAGGAAUGCUUGGUUAUUUAGGUCAAAAAGUAGGUUGCGGUCAUUAUUGCCUUUUUUGUAGCAGUGAAAAGAAAAGAUUCGCUUCACUAGAUGCUUGUCAAAAACAUAUGCGCGAUAAAGGUCAUUGUCGCGUAGUUCGUGAGGGAUUGGCAAUGUUGGAAUACGAAGAAUUUUAUGAUUACAGUCCCUUAUAUCCUGGUGGUGAGGAUGAUUUGAAUUCCCAAUUUCGACUGGCUGAUGAUGGAUACAGCUUAUUGCUUCCAUCAGGGGCAAGAGUGGGACAUCGCAUGUUGAUGCGUUAUUAUAAGCAACAUUUCCGAUCAGUCCAAAAUGAUGAUGGACGCAUCAAGCAAAAGAAACAAUUAAACAAGAAAAUUUUUGGCGCAUAUAAAAAACUCGGUUGGACUGGUAGUGCAGAUGGAUCAGCGGCACAAAUAGCCAAGGAUAUUUCUUUUAUGAAAAGGCUUAAAGCGAAGAAUGAUUUGCAUAUAGGCUUGGCAAACAAUAAGAUAUGGAAAAAAUUUUCUAAAAGGAUUCAGUGA